AUGCACGAGUCGGCGGCCGAUUACGAGGCGCGGCAGUCGGCCUACGAGGCGUCGCUAGAGGAGAACAUCAAGGCACGCGAGCGGCAGCAGCAGGAGGAGCGGCUGGCGGCGCUGCGAGAGGCGCGCGCCCUGCGGGAGCAGCAGGACGAGGACUACAGGGCGGCACUGGAAGAGGACCGGCGCAAGCAGGCGCUAAGGGCAGCCGGCGGCGGCGGCGGCGGCGGCGGCGUCGCUAGCCCUCCAGCCAACCCCGGCUUAGGGAGCAGCAGCGCCCCCAGCGAAGCUGCACGCCCGGGCCCCGGCGCCACCGCUGGGCCCCCUUCAGAGCGCCCUGCGCCGCGCGGCCGCUUGCUCGGCGGCGCGGCGGGCGCGCCCUCUUCGGAUCCCUCGCACCUGCUGCGGGGGCAGGGGGACCCCAGGUCCGUCGGCAGCGGCGGCGGCCGCGGGCGGACCGCAUCCCAUGCAGACGGCGGGGCCGAGGGGAGGGCUCAAGACGCACAGGCUGAAGAGUCCCGGCUACUCAGCUUGCUGCCGCCCGAGCCGUCCCAAGACGCCGCCGACGCAAUAACCCUGCGUGUCCGCAUGCCCGGCGGCCCGCCACACGCGCGCCGCUUCCUGCCAGAGCAAACCGUCGCGGACGCGCUGGCGUGGGUGCGCUGCUUCUUAAGCGGUGAUGCGAGCGGCGGCGGCAAGCUAAAUUUGGCCGCGGGGCUGUUCUCUGGGGCCGUGCGCCCCGAGCUGCUGCUGCAGCCGGCGGCCACGCUGGGCGAAGUGGCGGGCUCCGCGCGGCAACUGACGCUUUUCGCAGCUGUCGGGGCACAGCGGGCGGGCGGCUAG